AUGGAUAGCGCAGAUGAAGAUGAUUACUAUGAUGACGAAGAUGACGACGAUGAUUACGUAACAAGUCUAAAUUCACAGCAAUACAAUAAUAACAGUAAUAAUCAACAAAAUCAACAAGGAGGAGAUACUUAUAACUAUUACGACGAUCAGACAGACUUGGUAAUAGAUGAAGAUGAAGAAGAUCUAAAGAAUCUUCAAAAAGUAUUAGAAGAUGAAGAUAGCAAUGAUGAUGAUGAUAGUGACAAUGUUGUAGUAGAAAAGAGUAAAAGUAAUAAUAAUCAAGACUUUAAGAUUACUAUAAAAAAGAAACCAACUACUACUACUACUACUACUACAACAUCAACAACAUCAACAACCUCUACAACUAACAAUAAUAAUAAUAUAGAUAAAUCAAUAGUUUUACAUAGUAAUAAUAAUAAUAAUGGAGUACUAAAUAAUAUACCAUCUCUCGGGAUUAGUUUUCUAGAGAAUAUGGAAGUAUUGGAAACAAGUGGUAUGGAUAAAGAAGAAGCAUUGAAAACUUUACAAUUAAAUCAAGAGUAUCAAAAACAAUUAAGAUUAUAUCUUCGUAAUAUUGAUGCUUCAAUCAUUUUAAAUCAACAAUUAUUGUCAAAAGCAAGAGCAAGUUUAUCAAUAUCAGUUAAUCCAAAAACAGAAAAUGUUGGAAAUUCUAAAAGAGCUGGUGUUGCACCUUAUUUCCAAGAUUCAGAAGGUGCAGUACCAAAUGAUAAUCCAGAUACUCAAUUUAUUAAAGCAACUUAUAAUAAUAUGCCAACUUAUUUUAAAUCUAAAAGAUGGACAAAAAAUGAAUUAUCAACAUUAUCAAAAGGAGUUAGAGAAAAGAAUAUGCAAAUAUUAUUAUUUAGAUUAUCACAAAGAACACAUUCAAAGGAUGAAUAUGAUAGGGAAAAGAAAAAGAUUGAGAAUUUGACGCUGUCUGAUUUGGAAGAGAAUUUGGAUGGAUUGGAAUGGGAAUCGAUUGUACAUGAAUAUUUACCUGGACGUACUCCAAUGGAAUGUGAAUUGAGAUGGCGUAAUGCUGAACAUCCUCUUAUCAACAAACAACCAUUUACAAAGGAAGAGGAUAAAAAGUUGCUUGAACUUUCGAAAAAGUAUGGUAGUCAUUCAUGGUCUGAUGUGGCACAGGAACUUGGUAGUAAUCGUCCUGCUCUUCAUUGUUGUCAGCGUCAUCAAAGAUCCCUCAAUACUAAAUUUAUGAAGCGUGAAUGGACAAAGGAAGAGGAUGAGAUUUUACUUCGAGAGUACACAAAGUAUCGAACGUUUGGUGACAAGAGUUGGCAGCAGAUUGCAGAGGCUUUAGAGGGUAGAACCGGACAGCAGUGUCUACAUCGUUGGCAAAAGACGUUGGAUCCGGCCAUUCGAAAGGGUAGAUGGACAGCCGAGGAAGAUGAGUUGCUCACCAAGGCAGUCGAGUCGUAUGGCAAGGGCAACUGGAUCCUCAUCAAGAACCAUGUUCCUGGACGUACCGAUAUGCAGUGUCGUGAGCGGUGGUGCAACGUGGUCGAUCCGGCACUCAUCAAGGAUCCGUGGACCGAAGAAGAGGACAAGAUUCUCAAAGACCUGACUGCCAAGUAUGGUGUUGGCAAAUGGGCCAUUAUUGCCAAGGAACUCGGUCGACGAACGGACAAUCAAUGUUGGAGACGUUGGAAACAGAUAAACAGCAAAACACCAUUCCUCAAAGAGUACAGAGAGGUAUUGAGCAAGAAAAAGGAAAUCAUCGUCAGUAACUUUGUUGGACGUGAAAAGGAAAGACCAGCCUUUGAUAUUAGCGAUUUCAUCUCUGAAGAAAAACUAAAAGAAAUGUCUAGUUCGGAAGCUCUCCAACAACUAUCUCGUCAACAAACUCCAAAAUCAAAAGGUUUGAUUCCAAGUAAAGCUUCGAAAAAAAGAAAGAGUAAAAGAAAACAAGAUAGUGAUGAUCAAGAAGAUAAUGGUUCAACUUUGGAAGAGCAACAACAAGAGGAAGAAGAUGAAGAAGAAGAAAUGACAGAAGAACAAGUUAGGGGAUUACCAACUAUUCAACCUCCUACUAUGGAAACUCUAAUUGAAAGAUUAAUGGAUCAAUCAAAACAAUUGGAACAACAAUUAUCUCAAAAAAAUCAAAAUAAUAAUAGUAGAAUGGAUACUAGUGAUGAUCAAGUAAUUGAAGAGAUGAUAGAUAAUAAUAAUAAUAAUAAUAAUUCUACACCACCAACAAAUACCCUUCUACCUUUUACUCCUACUCUUACACAUACUACUAUUCCUUCACCUCCAUCAUCUACACCAAAGAAACCACCUAGAUCAUCUGUUGCAAGACCAAGAAAAUCACAAAAAACAACACAUGUCAACAAUACAACGACCGCCACCACCGAGUGUGAAAAUGAUCAAACUUCCACAACUAGUACUACUUCUACUACCUCUACUACUUCUACUACCACUACUCCUAGAACACCAAAAGCAAGAACACCAAAACCUCCCAAGGCUCCAAAGCCCCCAAAACCACCAAAAGAAGCCAAACCAAAGGCAUCUAGAUCAAGAAAAUCAACAUCCUCUACUGAAAUCCCACAAUUACCAAAUUUGGUACAAGUCUUGCCAAUUGCAACAAGAGAACAAUUGGAUGAGAAUAUUAAUAUUAAUAAUUAUAUACAACAAAAUGAACAAUAA